ACGAACUUCGCGUCAUCCUUGGCAUAAACAAAUUAGGAGCUCCGCUGAGCUGUCGUGUUUGUUGACAUUCGAUAGAUUGUUUCGCGUCGCGAUAAUUAAUUAUAAUUUAAUUAAUUUACAGCUAAUUUUGACUGUAUCGUUGGAAUAUAUUGGGAAAAAUGAAGUGUGUAGCCGUGCUCCUGUGUGUGGUGGCAGCCGCCAGCGCAGUCUCCUUCUUCGACUUGGUCCGUGAGGAAUGGAACACAUACAAGAUGGAACACAACAAACAAUACGAAUCAAAGGAAGAAGACAAGUUCCGCAUGAAGAUCUACGCUGAGAACAAGCACAAGAUCGCCAAGCACAACCAGAAGUUCGAACAGGGCCAGGUCUCGUUCCGGCUGAAGCAGAACAAGUACGGAGACCUGCUGCACCACGAGUUUGUGCACACCAUGAACGGGUUCAACAGGACUAACAAGCACAAGGGUCUCCUUUCCAAGGCUGCCGGCGUGCGUGGAGCCACCUUCAUCUCACCGGCCCACGUGACCCUGCCCGACCAGGUCGACUGGAGGAAGAAGGGUGCCGUGACUGAAAUCAAGGACCAGGGCAAAUGCGGAUCCUGCUGGUCGUUCAGUACUACCGGCGCUCUCGAAGCCCAGCACUUCCGCAAGAGCGGAUACCUAGUAUCCCUGUCCGAACAAAACCUGAUCGACUGCUCAGCUGCGUACGGAAACAACGGCUGCAAUGGCGGUCUCAUGGACAACGCUUUCAAGUACAUCAAGGAUAACGGAGGCAUUGACACUGAGAAGUCUUACCCCUAUGAAGCUGUUGACGACAAGUGCAGGUACAACCCUAAGAACUCCGGUGCUGACGACGUUGGCUUCACUGACAUCCCUCAAGGAGAUGAACAGAAGCUUCUAGAAGCUGUAGCUACUGUUGGUCCGGUGUCUGUGGCCAUUGAUGCUUCGCAAGAGUCCUUCCAGUUCUACUCUGAUGGUGUUUACUAUGAUGAAAACUGCUCGUCUGAGAACCUCGACCAUGGGGUGCUGGUUGUCGGUUACGGCAAAACAGUAGAAAUGGCACAUUUUUUAUCCUAG